AUGCAAAUUAAGAAAGAUGCUGGCAGACACACUGCAGUUUAUGGAAGCUUGCAGCACAUUGUAGAAGGGCCGCCGACAAGAAGCGAGGCUGAGAAGCAGCCAAAAUAUGCGUCGGAUCUGCACAAAGAGAUUCUUAGACGCGGAGCACAACUGCCUUGCACUCCUUAUCUCAGCAGAAUGAGAGAAAUCUUUGGUCGCACUUCACCACGAUUUGAGGGAUUUAAUGAUCGAAAACAGAUUUCAUUUAGCUCACUGUCCGGAGAAAGUACCGCCGAUUCGGACUCGGACGAAAAACUGUAUGUGUUGGAACCCCGAAAAGCGGUUGAAAAAGCACGCGCGAAUGAAAUUGCCAUCGUAUUGGCUUCAGCUUUCGUCACUGAUCCUAAAUCAAAGAAAAUCAAACGGCCUAUGGAAUCUGUUAAAAAUGUCACUUUUAAGAUACCAAAAAUUGUUAUCGAACCAAGCAGUGAUGAGGAAACAACGACACCCUCAACAUCUCUUUAA